UGGCAAUCUUGUGACACUCUUCCUUUUAUCGAAAACGCGGUGCCUCGCGCCUGCUGCCGUGGAGGCAUGGCGGAGGGCGUGGAGAUGUCCCCUGAGGAUCAAGCCGCCGCCGAAGUCGCCGAUCUGUGGCGGGCUGCGCCGGGCCAGGAGGUCGAUUCCGCUGUGAUUUGGCUUCAUCACCAAGGUGAAUCGGAGGCGAUCCAGCAGAUGAUGUUCAACGACUUCACGAUACCCAAUGCGGGUCGUGUACGUUGGCUUUGGCCGCGAGCUCCCUUGCAGCCCUCCAGCAUUCGAGGGCAUUCCUUGGUUUUGCAGUGGUUUGACGUGAAGGAGUACCCCAUUUGCCGCACCGUGCGCGGGGUGCCCGAUCGACCACGCAAGGGCGAGGAUCCAGAGGACGUGCAGAAGGCCGUGGCCCGCGUGGAGGCCGCGGUCAAAGCGCUCGAGGUGGAGGGCGUGCCGCGGCGGCGCAUCCUCCUGGGCGGUUUCGGCAUGGGCGGCGCGUUGGUGCUGAAGACGGUGCUCCAAUCCCGAGAGCCUUUUGCUGGAGGCGUCGUGUGCAGCGCAUGGUUGCCGUGCGCAGAGGACUUGGCAGAGAGCUUGAGGGAAGGUGGCAUCACGACGGAGAUGCUCUGGUGCCAUGGCGCCAGGGACAGCGUGGUGGAGCCUGUUUUGGCUGCGCAACAAGCGAAGAUGCUCAAGGAGGCCGGGGUCCAGAUCCGAUUUCAGCUCUUCCCAGAAGCUCAGUUCGAGCUGUCCCGUGAGCCUUUGUUGGCUGUGCAAGCCUUCAUCGCACGAUGCUUGAAGAUGGAGGAGAAGGACGAGGAGGAGCCGCCCGAGCUGCCCACCGAUGGCACACAGAGCGCCCUCUGGUUGCAUCACUGAGCGCCGUCCUCCACGGGUGACUUCAGUCCUCCACGGUGGGUGACCCGUGUCUCGGUUUCACCACGCCGUGACCGCCGUGACGGUGAGAAAAGGCUUGGGUCAGUAGGGCUCAGUAGGGUAGCAGGACUGAAGGACUGGAACACCGGAGCUGCC